AUGCCUUCCUUGAUCAGAAGUCUGGCAUGGGCCUAUCUCGCUUGUGGAUGUGUAUCCACAGCAUGGUCUUCGGAUAGGCCUCGCGACUCACACGAACGCAGACAAGAUGGCCCGGUGGCCCCUGGUACCGCUACCGAUUGUACCUGGUACGACACCGCGUACGACAGCUCAUUCACAUGCGGCUUCUUUGAGAAGAGCUGGGGCUUAACGCACGCCGAAUUUGUAGAUUACAAUCCCAGUGUCAAAAACGACUGCAGUGGCAUCAUCAUUGGUAACUCAUACUGUGUCGAGGUAAACUUUGGAUUGCCACGCCCGACGACACGGUCAACGACACCGACCAGCACCAAGACUUCAACCACAACUGGCAGCACACCGACAACCACCGGACCUGCGAAACCCAGCCCGACUCAGGAUGGACUCAUCGGGACAUGUACAAAAUUCUACUUUGCCGCUUCCGGUGACACCUGUAUCAAGAUCGUCGAGGCGCAAAGAAGCGUGUUCACUCUGGCCGACUUUGUGUCGUGGAACCCGGCAGUAAAGAGCGACUGCUCGGGUUUGUGGGCAAACACGUAUUAUUGUAUUGGUGUCCCAGGUACUCCGACUGCAGGUACCUCUACGAGACCAGCUACGACCACGACCACGACAGUGACAAAGUCGACGCCAGCCAGACCCUCUCCUACACAGGAUGGGAUCGCGGCUAAUUGCCAGCGUUACCAUCUCGCCAGUUCCGGAGACACUUGUCAAAAACUUGUCAACCAGUAUGGCACCUUUACUCUGGACCAGUUCUAUGCUUGGAACCCUGCAGUUGGCAAAUCUUGUUCUGGAUUUUGGCUCGGGAAUAUCCGGCACACCAACGUCGCCAACGAAAAAACUGACCACUCCAACCACUACAACCACUCGGCCACCAGCAGACACGUGCAACCCAGCUGCACCAACUCCCACUCAACCGAAGCCAACUUGUGGGUGUAA